AUGUCUGACCUUGAUGAGGCCAUCGAGCUCAAUCGGGCCGCAUUACUCCACUGUUCCCCCAGUCAUUCGGAUCAAUCCCUAUCUCUGAACAAUCUUGCACUCAGCCUUCAAGACAGAUUCCUGCAGCGUAGCAUCAUGUCUGACCUUGAUGAGGCCAUCGAGCUUUUUCGGGCUGCGCUGUGGCUCCUCCCCCUGUGUCACUCAGUGAGAUUAAUGUCUCUGAACAAUCUUGCUUGCAGCCUUCAAGACAGAUUCCUGCAGCGUGGCAUCAUGUCUGACCUUGAUGAGGCCAUCGAGCUCCUUCGGGCUGCGCUGUGGCUCCUCCCCCUGUGUCACUCAGUGAGAUUAAUGUCUCUGAACAAUCUUGCUUCCAGCCUUCAAGACAGAUUCCUGCAGCGUGGCAUCAUGUCUGACCUUGAUGAGGCCAUCGAGCUCCUUCGGGCUGCAUUACUCCUCUGUCCCCCCAGUCAUUCGGAUCAAUCCCUAUCUCUGAACAAUCUUGCACUCAGCCUUCAAGACAGAUUCCUGCAGCGUGGCAUCAUGUCUGACUUUGAUGAGGCCAUCGAGCUCCUUCGGGCUGCGCUGUGGCUCCUCCCCCUGCGUCACUCAGUGAGAUCAAUGUCUCUGCACAAUCUUGCUUGCAGCCUUCAAGACAGAUUCCUGCAGCGUGGUAUCAUGUCUGACCUUGAUGAGGCCAUCGGGCUUCAUCGGGCUGCGCUGGAACUCCUCCCCCCGCAUCAUCCUAAGCGAUCCACGUGUCUGAGAAAUCUUGCUGAUAGCCUUAAAAACAGAUUCCGGCGGCGGCGGAUCAUAUCUGACCUUGAUGAGGCCAUAGAGCUCCUUCGGGCUGCAUUACUCCUCUGUCCCCCCGGUCAUUCAGAUCGACCCACGUCUCUGAACGAUCUCGCACUCAGCCUUCGAGACAGAUUUCUGCAGCGUGGCAUCAUGUCUGACCUUGAUGAGGCCAUCGAGCUUCAUCGGGCUGCACUGGAACUCCUCCCCCCGCAUCAUUCUAAUCGAUCCAUGUUUCUGAGGGAUCUUGCACUCAGCCUUCAAGAUGGAUUUCUGCAGCGGGGCAUCAUGUCUGACCUUGACGAGGCCAUCGAGCUCAAUCGAGCUGCAACGCGUAGCAUCAUGUCUGACCUUGAUGAGGCCAUCGAGCUCAAUCGAGCUGCAUUACUCCUCUGUCCCCCCAGUCAUUCAGAUCGACCCGCGUCUCUGAACAAUCUUGCAGUCAGCCUUAGAGACCGAUUCCUGCAGCGUGGCAUCAUGUCUGACCUUGAUGAGGCCAUCGAGCUCCUUCGGGCUGCAUUGCUCCUCUGUCCCCCCAGUCAUUCAGAUCGACCCGCGUCUCUGAUCAAUCUUGCUGCCAGCCUUCGAGACAGAUUUCUGCAGCGUGGCAUCAUGUCUGACAUUGAUGAGGCCAUCGAGCUCCUUCGGGCUGCAUUACCCCUCUUUCCCCCCGGUCACUCACAUCGAUACGAGUCUCUGGGCGGUCUUGCUUCCAGCCUUCGAGGCAGAUUCCUGCAGCGUAGCAUCAUGUCUGACCUUGAUGAGGCCAUCGAGCUCAAUCGAGCUGCAUUACUCCUCUGUCCCCCCAGUCAUUCAAAUCGAUCAAUGUCUCUGAACAAUCUUGCAGUCAGCCUUAGAGACCGAUUCCUGCAGCGUGGCAUCAUGUCUGACCUUGAUGAGGCCAUCGAGCUCCUUCGGGCUGCGCUGGAACUCCUCCCCCCGCAUCAUUCUAAUCGAUCCAUGUUUCUGAACGGUCUUGCACUCAGCCUUGAAGACAGAUUCCGGCAGCGGGGCGUCCAGUCUGACCUUGAUGAAACAUUUAGCUUGUAUUCUCAGCUCUCCCACCUAUCGCAUGCAGUAUCUCGCGAAGAUCUUCGUGCUGCCAAAUCGUGGGCGACCUCCGCCGACAUCCUCAAUCAUGACUCUGCAUUACUUGCCUAUAAGACUGCACUGAAAUUAUUAGAACAGCGUGUUGCUGUCUUGUCGCCUUCUUCGCGUCAUUUCGACGUUAUCAGGGAGGCUGUUUCUUCCCUUGCCACAGAUGCUUUUUCAUGCAGUGUUCGUCAUGGUGCGCUGACGACUGCGGUGGAGCUGGUGGAACAAGGUCGUGCAGUAUUCUGGACCCAGUUGGCACGCUUCAGCACACCACUCGAUGAACUUUCUGUUUCAGGUGACACCGGCACGGCCUUGGCAGAAGAGUUCAAACGGUUGAGUUUUCACCUUCGUAGCGUGUUCGAUCAGUCUACUGAAGACCAGUCUUUGCAAAUCCGGCAACUGACUAUGCAAUGGGACGACAUCGUCUCGCGCAUUCGCAUGCUUUGUGGCUUCUCGCGUUUUCUUCUGCCUCCCCUGUUCUCCGACCUACAGAAAGCGGCAGAAGAUGGUCCAGUCAUCAUUCUUAAUGCAAGUCAAUAUAGCUGUGAUGCCUUGAUUAUCCAUAGCACGGAAGAUCCUGUCCAUGUUCCGCUUGACGUUACACAAGCCGACGUGUCUGAGUUGUCCUCCGAGUUCCAGUUACUCGCAGAGCAGUUUGGUUCUUCUGAUCAUCAACACAAGCUUGUCGGUGUCCUUCGCAAGCUUUGGAACGAUAUCGUCGACCCCGUUGUCCAAGCUCUUAGGGAGUCAAACAUUUGUCCUGGUUCGCGUAUCUGGUGGUGUCCCACCGCUGAGUUCACGCUGCUUCCUCUCCAUGCAGCAGGACUCUACGAGAAGAAGAAGAAGAAAAACAAUUUGUCUCACAUUUACAUCUCCUCUUACACCCCCACUUUGGCAACUCUCAUUCGUGCGAGACAGCGGGUUUCUCGAGAUGCGUCCUCGCAACAUUUUGUUGCCAUUGGUCAAGCGAACCCAGAGAGAGGGAAGGGACUCCGAUGUGUCUCUCCUGAAUUAGCUGUCGUAGCUCGGUAUCUCGCACCCGUCGUGUCCUUCACAUCGCUCGAGGAAGGCAACGCAACAGUCGAAGGUGCAAUCGAUGCACUCAAUCAUAAUCAGUGGCUUCACCUAGCCUGCCAUGGAAUGCCGAACCGACAACAACCAUUUGAGUCUUCAUUUGCCAUGCGCGAUGGGCCUUUGAUGAUCAAGGACAUUAUCCGGUCCAACUGGCAGAAUCCGGAAUUUGCGUUCCUAUCGGCCUGCCACACCACCGUGGGCGAUGAGAAGAGUCCCGAUGAGUCGAUCCAUCUCGCUGCGGCUAUGCAAUUCUGCGGAUUUCGCAGCGUGAUUGGUUCCAUGUGGUCUGUUGACGAUGAGGUUGCACGCCAGGUUGUGUCUGCUUUUUACUGCAACCUCAUUGAUGAUUCAACGAGAUUGGACUGCACACGCGCCGCGGUAGCGCUGCACAAGGCUGUGAAGUCGUUGCGCAACAAGAUUCCGCUAGAACAGCAGAUUGUAUUUGUUCACAUAGAAGCUGGAACAGAGCUCCAGAACGGUACUGCUCGUCCAUUCACGAGGUACUACUGCGCCGAAAUUUGGAAAAAGAUGAACACUCCUGCGAAUGUCCGAUACAUCAAUAAUGCUUGCGAGACGCUCUCCAUGACGCAUCAAACGGCUAAUUUUGUACAGCCCAUGGUGUGA